UUCUUCUUGUAUUCAUCAUCAGAUUCACUACGAUUUCCAUAAUGCAUUCUCACGCCUCUGUUUUUUUGUUCUAUUAUUCGAUUGAUUUCUGCUAUGUUUUUCUUUAAUUUUCAGAAUUCAUACGCUUAAAAGAGAUAUACAUUUGAAUUAUUGCUUCUUAAUCCCUUUUUUUUCGGAGUCGACAUACAUUUGCUCUUAUCUUUUGUCCAUUUUUAGUUAUUAGUACUAUUUAUUUUCGUCUACCCAUUUCUGAAAUUAUUUCUUCAGUUCCCUAUCACUGUCACUUGUUUUAAUGGUUGUUAUUUUCACACAGCUCAUGGUGUUUUAAUCGGAGUGAAUCUGUAGAAGAAUGUGGAAGUUGAAGAUAGCAGAAGGAGGGAAUCCAUGGCUACGGACAACGAACAAUCAUGUAGGUAGGGAGCUAUGGGAGUUUGAUCCAGAACUCGGAUCUCCGGAAGAUCGGGCGGAGAUCGAGAAGUUUCGUGAGCAUUUCCACAAACAUCGCUUUGAGCAAAAGCAUAGUGCUGAUCUCAUUAUGCGUUAUCAGCUAUCAAAGGAGAAUCCAGGAAUUACUAUUUUGCCCCAAGUCAAAGUACAAGGCAAUGAAGAUAUUACAGAAGAUACUGUAGCUACCACGCUCAGAAGAGCACUAAGUUUUUAUUCCACUCUACAAACUCUUGAUGGUCACUGGGCUGGAGAUUAUGGAGGGCCGAUGUUUCUAAUGCCUGGCAUGGUCAUUGCUCUAUCUGUUACGGGGGCACUCAAUGCAGUAUUAACAAGCGAACAUAAACGUGAAAUGAUUCGAUAUCUUUAUAACCAUCAGAACAGUGAUGGUGGAUGGGGCUUGCACAUUGAGGGCCACAGCACCAUGUUUGGUUCUGUUUUUAGCUAUGUUACCCUAAGGUUACUUGGAGAAGGAGCUAAUGACGGAGAAGGGGCCAUGGAGAAGGGUCGUAAAUGGAUUCUGGAUCAUGGUAGUGCCACGGCCAUUACUUCGUGGGGGAAAAUGUGGCUCGCAGUGCUUGGAGCAUUCGACUGGUCUGGGAACAAUCCACUUCCUCCGGAAAUAUGGCUUCUUCCUUACUUGCUUCCAAUUCAUCCUGGAAGAAUGUGGUGCCACUGCAGGAUGGUUUAUCUUCCUAUGUGCUACCUGUAUGGUAAAAGGUUCGUUGGCCCAAUCACGCCAACAGUGUUAUCUUUGAGAAAGGAGCUCUUUACAGUGCCUUAUCAUGAAAUAGAUUGGAAUAAAGCACGCAAUGAGUGCGCAAAGGAAGACCUUUACUACCCGCACCCUCUAGUACAAGAUAUCCUGUGGGCUUCACUUCACAAGGUUGUGGAACCUAUUCUGAUGCAUUGGCCAGGGAAAAGAUUGAGAGAAAAAGCUCUCCGCACAGUGAUGGAGCACAUUCAUUAUGAAGAUGAAAACACUCGUUACAUAUGCAUAGGACCUGUAAACAAGAUUCUAAAUAUGCUUUGCUGCUGGGUUGAAGAUCCUAAUUCAGAAGCUUUCAAGUUGCACCUUCCAAGAAUUCAUGACUAUAUGUGGGUUGCUGAAGAUGGCAUGAAAAUGAAGGGAUACAAUGGAAGUCAAUCUUGGGAUACUUCAUUUGCAAUUCAAGCAAUCAUUGCAACAGAGCUUGGCGAGGAAUAUGGUUCAGCAUUGAGAAAAGCGCAUUCAUUCAUAAAAAAUACACAGGUGUUAGAUGAUUGCCCAGGCAAUCUAGAUUUCUGGUACCGUCAUAUUUCAAAAGGUGCUUGGCCCUUUUCAACUGCAGAUCACGGAUGGCCCAUUUCAGAUUGUACUGCAGAGGGACUUAAAGCAACUCUUCUAUUAUCAAAACUACCAUCAGAGAUAGUCGGUGAUCCAUUGGAGGCAAAGCGUUUCUAUGAUGCUGUAAAUGUUUUGCUUUCUUUACAGAAUAGUGGUGGUGGCUUUGCAACAUAUGAACUAUCGAGGUCAUAUCCGUGGUUAGAGAUAAUCAAUCCUGCUGAGACUUUUGGAGAUAUUGUUAUUGAUUACCCUUAUGUAGAGUGUUCCUCAGCUGCAAUUCAAGCUUUAACAGCAUUUAAGAAAUUAUACCCUGGUCAUCGCAAAGAAGAAGUGGAACGCUGCAUUGCUAAAGCUGCUGCCUUCAUUGAAAAGAUUCAAGAAGCAGAUGGCUCCUGGUAUGGCUCUUGGGCAGUUUGCUUCACCUAUGGCACUUGGUUUGGGGUGCUUGGCUUACUAGCUGCAGGAAGGAACUACACUAAUUCUUCCAGCAUCCGUAAGGCUUGUGACUUUUUGUUGUCCAAACAAAUCUCAUCUGGUGGCUGGGGGGAGAGUUACCUGUCUUGUCAAAAUAAGGUGUAUACAAAUCUUGAAGGCAACAGAUAUCAUGUUGUAAAUACAUCAUGGGCUAUGCUGACUCUAAUUGCUGCUGGACAGGCUGAGAGAAAUCCCACGCCAUUACACCAUGCAGCAAAAGUAUUAAUAAAUGCUCAGCUAGAAAACGGAGAUUUUCCUCAGCAGUUAAAAGGUUGCCUAAGCACUUGCCUCAGAGUUUUGAUUUGGUUUAAUUGGCUGUGCCUCUUGGACGGAGUUUGGGGCUUAAAUUCACUUCAGAGCUGCAUACAGUUUUGGGAGAGGAAGUAUGUAAAUAUAAACUACAUUGUUCAAGAGAACCUGGUUAAGUGUUGGGUAUCUUUCGUGGGAGAGUUAGCUUAUAAAAGUACCCUGGCUAUGGAGAAAGAACUGGUGGAGGCUGGUUCAGUGAAUAAGGUCAAAAUUUUCUGUAAUAUGGCCAAUCUUUUUGGCUAGUGGGGUCCAUUUUAUAUAGGCAUAAGCCUAUUUGGAAGAAGAGUUGGCUGGCAAUAUUUUUACUUGGAACCAAAGUAUCAUUGUGUGGUAGAGAUUGGUUGAUCAAUUUCCUUUUUCUAUUUAUUAGUUCUUGGAGCCCAAGUUUGGGUCCUAUAAAAGGAGGGCCAUCUUUCUCAUUUCAAACACACCUUCAGAUACAAAAGUAGAAGUAUUUCUACUAGCUUUUGUCUUCCUUUUCAUUAUAGAGUAUUUUGUAAGAGAGUGAGUGUUGGUAAACACUUGUGUGAACCCUUUCUUUGGAGUGAUCUUGUGAGGUUAUUCUCUUGAGGUAUUUGGGACUAAUUAGAGUGUUUACUCUAAUUUUGUACUCUCUUUUUGUACUCUUGUUGGUAUAGUAAAAUUGCUUCUCUCC